GGCCGGGCACGCACCGCGCGCACUCACUCUCCAAACAAUGCUCCGAGGCGCCCGGCUGGGCGGCUGGCGGCUGGGCGACCGGCGGCGAGGCCGGGGGAGCGCGGCCCCGAGACUCCAGCUGGUAAUGCAGCUGUCCUUGGGCUGGGCAGCCCUUUGAUCGGCCCAGUGUUCUGCUACUCUUCCAGGAGGCCGCCCUGCGACCCACCUCUGUCCCCCAGAAGCCCAGCCGGAGAGCCGAGCGCAAGAUGAACCAGCGCGCCGCGGGCUCAAGAUGCACCAGACCGUCCGCCUGAGCGCCGAGAGCCCGAAGAUGUCUGCGUGCAGUGACUUUGUGGAGCACAUCUGGAAGCCCGGGUCCUGCAAGAACUGCUUCUGCCUGAGGAGUGACCACCAGCUGGCACCCGGCCAACCCCAGCCCAGAGCCGGCCACCUGCCCCCUCCGCCUCGCCUGCCCCCCAGGCCUGACACCUGCCGCCUGGAAGAUGAAGCCGUGAACGGCUCGCCCUACUCCAAGCCCACCAUCGCCGUGAAGCCCACCAUGAUGAGCGCCGACGCCUCUGAUGUGUGGACAGAGGCAAACCUGAGCGCCGACGUCUCGCAGGUCAUCUGGAGACGAGCCCCCGGCAAGCUCCCCCUCCCGCAGCAGGACGACGUGCCGAUAGUUUACCUGGGCAGCUUCCGAGGUGUCCAGAAGGCCGCUGGGCCCUCUGCCUCCACAGAUGGGCACGCUCGCUGCCCCCCCGCCUAUGCCAUGGUGGGGCUGCACAGCCUAGAGGCCCGGGGGGAGCGGCCCACCGCCUUCCACCCCGUGAGUUUCUCCCCUGAGAAGGUGGGGCAAGAAGAGAAACCCAUGCUUCCCUACCAAGAGCUGACCUCUGCUCAGGAGAGCUUCCGCCAGAAGGUGGCUGCCUUUGCUGGGAUGACGUCUGGCUGUCACAAGGGCCCUGGGCCCUGCCCCUCCCCGCAGCCCCUGCGGGAGUCCCUGCCCUUGGAGGAUGACAGCUAUCAGAGGUGCUCACCUUCGGGGGACAGCGAAGGGGGAGAGUAUUGCUCCAUUCUGGACUGUUGCCCCGGGAGCCCCAUUGCCACAGACACGUCACAGGCUGAGAGUUCUCGGUGCAGACCCGGCAGAGGGGACCGCUCCCCGCCGUGCUGGGAGCAGGGAGUAUGUGCGGGGCCCCCCGAGGAGGAGAAGCGGGCUCUGGGCUUCCGGAGGGAGGGUUCCGAAGAGAACCCGCCCUGCCUGGCCCCCAAGAAGCUCUCCCUGACCUCCGAGGCUGCCAGCUCUUCUGACGGCCUCUCCUGCGGGAGCACCAGCAGCGGGGCCAGCAGCCCCUUCGCACCUCAUCUGGACAGUGACUACUGCUCCCUCACGAAGGAGCCUGUGCCAGGGAAGCCGCAGGACUCAGGCUGCCACUUGGCAACCUCUAACAGAGGCCUUGGACUAACGGGGGAACCCCAGCCUCCAGCCCACCCCCGAGAGGCGGUACAGCCUGAACCCAUCUAUGCCGAGAGCACCAAGAGGAAGAAGGUGGUUCCAGCACCUUCCAAGCCACAGGCCGCAGUGGAACAGGCAGCAGCUGCUCGGGGCCAGGGCCAGGGCCAAGGCCAGGGCCAGGUACGGACAGCUAACACCUGGGCUCAGAAAUCAGCAUCUGGCUGGGGCCGGGACCGGGAAGGCCCAGACAUGGCUCCCCAGGUGGCAGCCACCAUCACAGUCAUGGCAGCCCACCCAGAAGAGGACCACCGGACAAUCUACCUGAGCAGCCCUGACUCCGCCGUGGGGGUACAGUGGCCACGCGGGCCCAUGAGCCAGGACUCUGAGGCAGGGGAAGAGGAGGCUUCAGCUGGUCAGGGGACGAGCUCCAGGGAAGGUGCCCGUCCCGACGCCAGUGAGAACACGCCCAAGGGGAAGCCUGCCAUUCCCCCCAAGCUGUCCAAGAGUAGCCCUGGAGGGUCCCCCGUGUCGCCGUCUACCUCCCCAUUCUCAGACCUCAGCGAGGGGAGUUCCACAGGUGGUCCCGGGCCCCAGACUUCCUCCAGGGCCCCCACAGACUCUGCUGCUUCCUGCCGGGCCAACAGCAUCGCCGCCACUGGUGACUCUGCCCGGUGCCACCCGCCUGUUGCCGCCGCCUCCACCUUGGACCAGAGGAGGCCCCGGUACCAGACGGGAGCCUGGAGCCGCCAGUGCCGGAUAGAGGAAGAGGAGGAGGUAGAGCACGAUCUGUUGAGUAAAAGCUGGGGCAGAGAGAUGGAAAAUGGCACCGCGGAGCCCUCAAGCUCCUCCACCUGGCACCGUCUGCGCCCCACGGACAGCUCCUCUGCGCAGAGCAGCAAAGUUGGGACUGGGAUGAGCAAGUCAGCCUCUUUUGCCUUCGAGUUCCCCAAGGACAGAAGUGGGAUUGAGGUAUUCUCACCUCCGCCACCGCCUCCAAAGUCGAGGCACCUUUUAAAAAUGAACAAGAGCAGCUCUGAUUUGGAAAAAGUGAGCCAGGGCUCUGCAGAGAGCCUCAGUCCUCCCUGCAGGGGCGUCCACGUCAGCUUCAACACGGGCUCCACGGACAGCCUGGCCUCAGACUCCAGGACCUGCAGUGAUGGAGGUAACAGACUUGACCUUGACGGGGAGGCUUAGAUUCUCCCAAGUCUGGAAG